UCCGGAAGCGCCCCUCCAACUUCCGCUUCUCCUUUCAUCCCGCCUUCCCGCCGUCCUGUUUUCCCCUCCGUGCGGCCCAGCUCCUCCGCAGGGACAGCAGUGUCCCCUUGCGGGGGUCGCUUCUUCUUCGCGUCCCCGGUCGCCCGCCACCGCCACAGGCCGCCUGGCCUCCUCCUCCUCUUCCUCCUCCCCUUCCUCGACCCCCGUCCCCGCGGCCACCCCGGCUCCCGCCGCCGCCGCCAUGAACAUCCGCAGCGCGCGCCCGGACGACCUGAUGAACAUGCAGCACUGCAACCUGCUGUGCCUGCCGGAGAACUACCAGAUGAAGUACUACUUCUACCACGGCCUGUCGUGGCCGCAGCUGUCGUACAUCGCGGAGGACGAGCAGCGCAAGAUCGUGGGCUACGUGCUGGCCAAGAUGGAGGAGGACCCGGACGACGCCCCCCACGGGCACAUCACGUCGCUGGCGGUGAAGCGCUCGCACCGGCGCCUCGGCCUGGCCCAGAAGCUCAUGGACCAGGCCUGCAGGGCCAUGAUCGAGAACUUCGGCGCCAAGUACGUGUCCCUGCACGUGCGCAAGAGCAACCGCGCGGCGCUGCACCUGUACGCCAACACGCUCAACUUCCAGGUGAGCGAGGUGGAGCCCCGCUACUACGCGGACGGGGAGGACGCCUACGCCAUGCGGCGGGACCUGUCGCCGAUGGCCGAGGAGCUGAGGCGCCGGCUGGAGCUCAAGAAGGAGGGCGGGUGCUGCGGGGAGCCCGGCUGCUGCGGGGAGGCGGCGCCGCCGCCGCGGGCGCCUGGAUCCGAAGGAGAAGAAGAAGAAGAGGAGGAGGAGGAAGAGGAGGAGGUCUGCGAGCGGAGGAGGCCGCCCCCGCGGCGACGGCGGGACGGGGACCUGGCCGCGGGGGACAGCGGCAGUGACCACGACGGCGGCGGCAAAGGGCCCCGCCACGAGUCCGCGGGGAGCACGGACGCCCAGGACAGCUCAGAAGACGCGGAUUCCGCAUCCUAGAGCCGGCUCCAGACAGCACUGCGGGGCCUCGUGCCCCGACCGGGCCUCCCCUCCGAACCCCGGCUUGGCCUGUCGUCCGCCCCUUGGCGCACAAGCGGCCCCGAUGGCUUCUCGCUCUUGACUGUCCACAGCAGCCACCAACACCUGCGCGGGGGAGCCCGCGGCCCCAGAGCUGAGGGAGCCGGAGACCUGCCGCCCACGGACCAUAGAACCUCCCUCGGCCUGCCUGCUCGCCCGUUUUGUUUUUGUGUGUGGCCGUCCUGUGUUUUCGGGGUGUGGUUGUCGUCCUGCAAAACUGUUCUCCUCCCCAGAAAUGCCAGAUUCUCGGAGCUUCCCGAGGUUUCGGCCUUUGCCAUCACUCACCUGGGUUUUGCUCCUGGAGGGGGUAGUCGGGGCCAUCAAGUCAGACCUCACACCCUCCCAUCCCCAACUCCCCACCUUCCUCUUCUCUUCUGACAGAGAGUUUUCUCCUUCCUCUUCCUCUCUCUGGGAGCUGCCUCCCCCCUUUUCCUGUCCCUCCCCCCACUUUUUUGAGGACAAUUCUUUGUCCCCUUCCCCCUGGAUGAAGGGGACAAGGGGCUUCUAAGUAUGCAAUCAGAACUCGGAGAUUGAAGAAAAGGACAACCAGUAAUUAAAUUGGAAUCUCUAAUCGG